AUGAUGUCUUUACUUACGUACUUUUUCCUUCCCCUCUUUCUUUAUUCUUUCGUUUCUCCUUCCUUUGCAAAGUUUAUAGACCAAAAGGAAGCCUCCCUUUACGCGAGAGCGCUUUACUCGAAUUCCACCAAAGAUGAAGUUUCUACUGUCAAUCUCGAUGUUCCGACUUGUACCUACGACAGCUUCUUGUCUUCUAAUAUCACCCUUUAUUCAGCAAAGGAAACCGUUACUGCCUCAAGUUACUGGAGCCUCGUUACUACUACCAUUACCACGACUGCUUAUGAACCAUUUACUUCGCAUCUUCCCUGCGUGGCUGCUACGAAUCUUGUUUCUUCUUUAACUUCUAGUGGCUCACCUGGAAGCCCAACGUCUUCUACUACUGUUACCAGUGCUAGUCCUUCAUCUACCACUUCACCAACGAAUAGUGCACCCACUCCUGCUUCAAAUACUGAGUCAUCAAGCAGCGUGCCAAGCUCAACUUCCGUUGCUCCUACACCUGUCACCUCGCCUACCAAUUCUAUUGCAUCUGUAACUGGUUCUUCAAGUGUACCACCACCUCAAGCAACACAUGUUUCUUCUGAAUCUGUAAACAGUUUGACCCCUGGUAGUACUACCGCAUCAUCUCCAUAUCCUUCAAGCAUUUCUACUGAUCGCAUAACCAGUGCUUAUACAGAUACCACCACCCUUGUCUCUGGAUCAACUGGAAAAAGUGAUACGAAAACAGUUAGUCAGACUUUAACUCUCGGAACAACAAGUAUUUCGUCGGUAAUACUCAACAACAGUACUCCUAUUUCUGGAUCCUGGCCAUUAACCGGAAACAAGCCUGCUAUUCCAACAUCUGGUACUCUCUCAGGAGUCAGCUCCACGCCUCAUUCCAAAUCCAGUGUCCCUUUGGCAUCCACCUCGAAUACUAAGCCUCAUUCUACCAGUGCCAUCAACAAAUCAAGCGCCCCAGCUUCUCCCUCAUUGCAGACUUCCCCUGUUGCUUCGAGCAGCACCCCGGUGACUUCUUCCAGCACAUUUUCUUCUUUGAUAAAUACACCCACUUCUUCAAGUGACACACCUACACAUUCGAGCUCGAUUUCAGUGACUACUGGUAAAUCGUCAAGUGGAACAGGUCAAGUUUCUGUCCCUAACUCGGAAACGGCUACAGGCCAAACCUCUACCGCUACCUCAGCAACUACUUACUACACUACUAUCUCUAGUUCUGGAUCUACCAUCUCUACAACCAUAACUUCAAGUGCAAGCCUUGUCCCUCAUCCACCUAGUCCCUCUUGGGUUACCAAGACUGUCACCUCUGGCUCUCAAGGAUUCACUUCCACCAUUGCUACUCCCUCAGGCUCUUCCGCUGGAACUGUGUUGAUUGACACUCCUAGCCCUACCCCUAACAACACUGUUGCUGUUAACACUCCCAGUAAUACUCCUUCCUGGGUUACCAAGACUGUCACCUCUGGCUCUCAAGGAUUCACUUCCACCAUUGCUACUCCCUCAGGCUCUUCCGCUGGAACUGUGUUGAUUGACACCCCUAGCCCUACUCCUAACAACACUGUUGCUGUUAACACUCCCAGUAAUACUCCUUCCUGGGUUACCAAGACUGUCACCUCCGGUUCUCAAGGAUUCACUUCUACCAUUGCUACUCCCUCAGGCUCUUCACCUGGAACUGUAUUAAUUGAUACUCCCAGCCCUAGUCCCUCUUGGGUUACCAAGACUGUCACCUCCGGUUCUCAAGGAUUCACUUCUACCAUUGCUACUCCCUCAGGCUCUUCCGCUGGAACUGUGUUGAUUGAUACUCCCAGCCCUAGUCCCUCUUGGGUUACCAAGACUGUCACCUCUGGCUCUCAAGGAUUCACUUCCACCAUUGCUACUCCCUCAGGCUCUUCCGCCGGAACUGUGUUGAUUGACACCCCUAGCCCUAGUCCCUCUUGGGUUACCAAGACUGUCACCUCCGGUUCUCAAGGAUUCACUUCCACCAUUGCUACUCCCUCAGGCUCUUCCGCUGGAACUGUGUUGAUUGACACCCCUAGCCCUACUCCUAACAACACUGUUGCUGUUAACACUCCUAGUGGUACUCCCUCUUGGGUUACCAAGACCAUCACUUCCGGUUCUCAAGGAUUCACUUCCACCAUUGCUACUCCCUCAGGCUCUUCCGCUGGAACUGUGUUGAUUGAUACUCCCAGCCCUAGUCCCUCUUGGGUUACCAAGACUGUCACCUCUGGCUCUCAAGGAUUCACUUCCACCAUUGCUACUCCCUCAGGCUCUUCCGCUGGAACUGUGUUGAUUGAUACUCCUAGCCCUAGUCCCUCUUGGGUUACCAAGACUGUCACCUCCGGUUCUCAAGGAUUUACUUCUACCAUAGCUACCGCUGAAGGUUCUAAGACUGGUACCGUUGUAGUUGAUGUCCCUACACCUGCCUGGGUUACCAAGACCAUCACUUCCGGUUCUCAAGGAUUUACUUCUACCAUCGCUACCGCUGAGGGUUCUAAGACUGGUACCGUAGUAGUUGAUGUCCCUACACCUGCCUGGGUGACUACCACUACUACUUCCGGUUCCCAAGGGUUUACCUCUACCGUCGCUACCGCUGAAGGUUCUAAGACUGGUACCGUAGUAGUUGAUGUCCCUACACCUGCCUGGGUUACCAAGACCAUCACUUCCGGUUCUCAAGGAUUUACUUCUACCAUCGCUACCGCUGAGGGUUCUAAGACUGGUACCGUUUUAGUUGACAUCCCUACACCUGCCUGGGUGACUACUACUACUACUUCCGGUUCCCAAGGAUUUACCUCUACUAUAGCGACUGCGAGCAGUACCCAAACCGGCACCGUGUUGGUAGAUGUUCCCACUCCAACAUCCUCCUUCCCUUCAUGCAACAGCCGCUGUAACUCUGAUAAUUCCUUCCGUAUCCAGGUUUUGAAUGACGAUAUUUCUCCUUCAUAUGUGCAUUUGGAUGAAAACAAUUAUGCCAUCGCAUCUUCCAACUACACAAACAGUGAGCAUACAUUCGUGUAUGAUUCUGACAGCAAAAGAAUUGUUACUUGCUGCGAUGUGAAACCAAUUUACAGAAUGGACCAAGCUGACAGGGAAGCAUAUUCUUUGGAAAUCUUCAAGGAUGAUGAUGGACAAUUCCAAUUUAAAUACUCAGACAAUGGCGUUUCCCAUUCUUUGGAACUCUUGACCUUGACAGAUGGCAGAAUCGGUGUAACUACUGACUUAGAAAAAUUCAAGCCCUUCUACUCUAGUGGCUCUGAAAGGGAACGUUCUGAGAAUGUCGUAUUAAGAGCGGUCAACUAUUAA